UCUCUCUCUCUCUCUCUCUCUGUUUCUCUUCAAGAAACACCGCCUCCAGUUUUUAAUUUCCAAAUAAAAAUACAUUUUAUAUAAUAAUUAAAUUCCUGGGCUCCGAAGAGAAACAGAGAUUUGGAGUCCCAAUUUUUAAAUUUUUUUGUUUGAAUUUUUCUGAAUCUUGGAGGGUUUUCUGUUUUCGAAUUAGUUUAUAUGGUGAAGGCGAUGAUGGGUUCGUUGCAUUCUGAAGAUUUUUCCGAAGAAAUAUAUGGGUCUCUCGUGAAGCGCUCUCGAUUAGCCACUGCUCCUUCUGAUCAGCCCAUGUUACAGUACAAUCCGCUCGAUGAGCCAAGUCCUCUUGGCUUGAGGCUUAGAAAGAGUCCAUCAUUAUUGGAUUUAAUACAGAGGAGGCUCUCUCAAGGGAAUACUGUUGGUAUAUCGAUGUCUCCUAGUGAAACUAUCGACACCGAAAACAAGAAAGCUGUGAAGGGCUUUUCUUCUGUCUCGAGUGCUAAUGAAAAGUUGAAGGCUUCAAAUUUUCCAGGUUUGCUGUUGAGAAUCGGCAGCUGGGAGUAUCUGUCUAGAUACGAGGGUGAUCUGGUGGUUAAGUGUUAUUAUGCUAAGCAUAAACUUGUCUGGGAAGUUCUUGAAGGUGGUCUCAAGAGCAAAAUAGAGAUCCAAUGGUCUGAUAUCAUGGGCCUGAAAGCUGAUUGUCCCGUUAAUGACCCUGGCAUUUUAACCAUCAUGCUAGCUCGGCCACCUGCCUUUUUCAGGGAGACCAAUCCACAACCCAGAAAGCACACUCUGUGGCAGGCAACAGCCGACUUUACUGAUGGGCAGGCUAGCUUAAAUAAGCUACACUCUUUACAAUGCCCUCCAGGAGUGUUGAACAAGCACUAUGAGAAGCUCAUUCAGUGUGACACGCGUUUAGCUAUCUUGAGCCAACUCCUCGAACUUGACGUGGGCUCGCCAUACUUUGAGCCCGAAGCUUCUAUUGGAGAAAAUUCAGAAGAAUCCAUUGUUGCUGCACAGUUGUCCUCCUUAAAAUUUGAGGAUAAACAUUUUCCGGGAAAAAAUGUUUCUAAAGAAGUUACUUCGCCUAGCUCAGUGAUGGAUACGCAAGCGAUUGAUGGAAUGUCGAUGAGUGACCUCGUGAACCACCUCGAGAAUCGAAUUUCCGAGCAAAUGACUUGCAGAAAUUUUCCUUCGGCCAGGGCCUCAGAAUGCCAAGAAAUGCUCGAGAAUAUUGCCGAAGUUCUUCUUAACGACACCCAGUGCUCGACGGGCCUCGAUGAGCAAUCGCUCAUGAAGAAGGUCAACUCUCUCUGCAGCUUGCUCCAUGGCCCGGAUGCUGAAUUUGAAGCCCACUGUGGGCCCGUCUCAGAAGAUAAUAUCUUUUACGAAAAUUGUACCGACAAUGCCAUAGAGACUUCCGAAGGUUUGGUUGAGUUUGGGCCUGCGAUGCAGAGACCGGACUCCUUUGGGGAUUUGCUCCUGCAUUUGCCGCGAAUUGCUUCAUUACCGAAAUUUUCAAAUUUUUUAUUUGGGAUAGAAGAAGAUGACGAAGAGUUUACUCGACGGCCGAACUAGUGGUGGUUUGUGCAUAUGAAUGUUCAUAAUGAUGGAGGUAUCUGGUUUUUUCUUUUUUUCUUUUUUUUU